UAUCCUCCGGACGAUGUUAUUCUGGCCCAGAAUGGACAAAUUUUCUUGGAAACUGAAUUAUUUAAUGAAGGUCAAAGACCUGCUAUUAGUGUUGGUUUAUCUGUAAGUCGUGUUGGUUCUUCUGCUCAAAUUAAAGCAAUGAAACAAAUUGCUGGUACUAUGAAAUUAGAAUUAGCUCAAUUUAGAGAAGUACAAGCU